UCGAUCUGGCACUUUUUUUCAUGACGUGUCGGCGAACAUAACUAAAACUAAGUUAAUUUUGUAAAAUAAAAGUGAAAAUAGAUCGAAAAUGCGCAACCAAUUCAUCUGUGUAGCCCUGCUGCUGUGCGCACUGAAUAGUGCCUGCGGAUUGUACUUCCACAUAUCGGAAACGGAGAGAAAAUGCUUUAUUGAGGAGGUGCCCGACGAGACGACAGUGAUCGUUAAUUACAAAGUGGAAUUAUAUGACCCACGCUCCAAUGGUUUUAUGCCAUCCUCGCCCGGCAUAGGCAUGCAUGUGGAGGUUCGCGAUAGCGACGACAAGGUUAUUCUUUCACGUGUGUAUAGUUCGCAGGGACGCAUAUCCUUUACAUCGCACACACCUGGCGAGCAUGUAAUCUGCAUGUACUCGAACAGCACGGCUUGGUUCAGUGGAGCCCAGUUGCGUGUUCAUCUGGACAUUCAAGUGGGAGAGCACGCCAUCGAUUAUGCAAAUGUGGCACAGAAAGAGAAGCUUACCGAGCUACAGUUACGUAUACGACAGCUCCUGGACCAAGUUGAUCAGAUCACCAAAGAGCAGAACUAUCAGCGCUAUCGUGAAGAACGUUUCCGUCACACAAGCGAGAGCACAAAUUCUCGUGUCCUUUGGUGGUCAUUGGCUCAAACCGUUGUCCUUGUUUGCAUGGGCUUCUGGCAAAUGAGACAUCUGAAGAGCUUCUUUGAAGCCAAGAAACUGGUCUGAAGAAUUAACGAGUGCUUGGUAUCUUCAAUUUAUAUUCUGCUCAUCAUUUGGCUUCAUGGUGCAAUCACACAGUUCGCGUACUUUUCUCAAAAGAUCAACCAACCAUACAAAAAUGAAUAUUGGUUCCCAACUCCAAGCAACUUUUAGUUAUAAUUUUUUUGUGUAAUUUAAUAAAAAUCCAUUGUACGAUAACAGAGGAGGUGGAGAACUAGAGCAGGAUGCGAGCAUAUAUAAUUAAAAUUGGGUUUUAAUGUUAACUUGAAA